UGUGUGUGUGUGUGUGUGUGUUCUUUACAGUACUAUCUUAUUAUGGGUGUCUUGUAGCAAUUGACAUAAUUCUUAUACCAUGAAACAACUUAUUUCUACGGGAACAAUAUUGUCUGAUUUUGGAAAAUUUGCACAAUUAUUUGUAAGUUCACAGCAAGUCUACACAUACCAAUACUUUAAGAAACUAAUUGACCUGCAGAGUUGAUUGUGAUGCAAUGUGGCUACACGAAAUUAUGUGAUUUCUUUUCUUGCUCAAAUCAGUUGUAUCAGGAACCUUGGUAAUACUUAGUUCUCACAUGUGUCAGAUAGUGGUCUGGGCCGAUCCAGCAGAUUCGUGUAAUUAAAAGCACCACUUGAAUCUGAACAACAACCAGAUUCAUCUGAAGUGUACCUGGACGGAUAGAAUUGGUUCUAUUUUGUCUGGAAGCAUUUGGACCGCUACAGAGUGAAUCUGUGAUGCUACCCAAUUAACGUAGCGAUGAAUUACUGUGACACAGAGUGGCGUAGCACUUCUUCUCUUGGUAUAACGAUAGCUGUAAGCCAUGGCAAAAGAGAACUAAGAGUUUUGCAAACAAAUUUCUUCAAAAAGGACCUGGAAAUCACUUUGUUCUCAUUUUUUGAAGAUUUGCUUCACCUGCUCAUAUCAUCUUUCUUCUUCAGGACUAUUUCUUCUUUGUUUUGGUUGUCUGCUUGAUGUGUUUCAUAUUUACCACAUCAGUGAAGUUACAUGUGUGUACAGUGUGUACAUGUACACACACACACACACACACACACACACACACACACACACACACACACACACACACACACACACACACACACACACACACAGUACUUUCUAAUAGUAUUGUGGAUUAUAUUUUUGAAGUAUGCCUGCCUUACCUGCAGUGCUAAUGCAAAUGUGGCUGAUAGAUCUUGUGGUCAGAUCACUGUAGUACUGUGAGAUAUGAAUCCGUAGGUACAAAUGCAGACAGUGUAGGCAUAUAAUGAAACAAUAAGUGACAUGUCAACUGCUUUGUGGUAGUUGUGUCGUCUUUGCUCAUCAUUUAGUGGAUUCCCUUCUGGUGCAUUCUUAUGACAUUUUGUCACUUUUUCUGUUAUCUAAACUUUGUUUGUGUAUCCUUCAGUACUUCAUGGUUUUGGCUCAUCAUAUUCAUUUUAGAGCCAUCGUCAACUUUUCUUAGGCUGAAUGAAGUUGAGGCGAUUGGAGGGUUUAAUUAACUGUUUGCAUGCACACAAAAUUCAAGGCAGUGGAGUUUCAGUUACAGUAUGCUUGGUCAGCUACUCAAUGCUAUAGAGCAUCAUGAAAGGAUCAAUCUCGCUAAGGAAUUAGAACCAAUAAUUGAUGACUUACGUUCAUCUCAUUUGCAAGCCUUUUAACGCUCUUUGUCAGCACGCACCUUCACCUUUGCUUUGUCAUUUCAAGGCUUUAACAACCUUGCACUUUCUAUCUUUUUAAGUCAUUGUUGCCCUUCUCAAAGUCUAAUUGUUCUUGUAGAUCAAGGUGGCCCAAGUAAGAAAUGUUACCUUCACAUUAGAUUACCAUUCCUCCUGCUUUAUGAGCUUUGCAUGUAAGGUUCUGCGGAUUGAUUGUAUGUGAUAAUAAAGUGUUGACAGAACAGAGUCACUUUGUACACUGAAACAAAGUCGGUGCUGGUGUUCUAUUAGGAAUUAGGAAUCAUAGAGUCGUUGGGUCAAUUCUCUGAUGAUAACGAUGAUAACAUUAUCUGAGAUCUUUCGUGCAUUAUUGAUGAAAUAGCAUGCUGUGUGGUUCCUUGUUGCUAUUGCUUGUGAUAUGAGAUGCUUUUUGUGUUGUGUUUUAGGCUACAUGGAAGGAGCUCUUGAGAAAGCUGAUGUCCCUCAGGCUGUUCUGUCAAUACAACUACAACAUAAACAUUUGCUCAAAAUGGUCAAGCAAUUAGAAGGAAGACAGAAACAGCUAGAGAGAGAGCGAGCCUUUCAACAGUUGCAGAGAAAUCAUUCUCGAGAGAGAGAGAAAGAAGAGACGCCGACAAGUGAGACAUGGCUGAGUGGAUUGGGUUCAGAGACAAAGCUUUAUCUGGCCGCUCUGCCAUCGUGUCCACAAACACUGACAGAUGAAAAACAGAGCGACAAUCCUGGUGAAUCAGAAGAGCUGCUUGAAACACGGAGGUUGUUGUCUCUCGAGAGGCAAGCUAAUGUGGCCUUGCGUAAGGAGAAUGAACAACUCAGACAAGAACUGGAAGAGCUUCGUCACAAAUUGCAUUCAGAUUGCACAACAUCCUGUUCUACUUCAGUGCAGCACAGGGAGAGUUCCAAUCUAGAACCAGGAAGUAGCUUGGGUUCUAAUGUGCCAGACCACCACUCCCCUCCACAGCCACAUAAGAACCCACUAGUGAAGAACACGCUCCUGACGUGUCUCCCACCUUUGGGACUUCCCCCAGUAGUACACAUACAAUGACAGUAUGUACUGUACUACUGGUAUGUGUACAGGAAUAAUAGUAAGUACGGGUGAUAGUACAUCACUCUAGAAUGUUUAGUUAACUGUAUCCUUAGAACCUUGUAUUGGUUAUUGUACAGUCAGGUCUCUGUUGCUGUGUCAGUGGGUCUAAGUGCUGACAGCAGGUUUGCCACGCCUAGAUAUAACACUGUGGUGUGGACAACAUACCAAUUUAUCUAAUUAACAGCAGUCUUCUGUUGA